CCUUGAACCUUCUACGCCCUCCAAUUGAUCUCUCCAUCAAUUCACUAUGCGAGGUAUUACUACCACCCUGCUGUCUGCAGCCAUUGCAGCCCAGGCCGUCUUUGCAAGCCCGAUUCGCUCUCGUUCACCAUAUGUCGUGAAGGAGACGCACAACCCACCCCGCGAAUGGACGCGAUUGGAACGCGCAAAGGGCGAUCAUGUUGUUCAAUUGCAGAUUGGACUGAAACAAGGCAAUUGGGAUGAACUGGAGAGGCAGCUCUACGAAGUCUCGGAUCCUGACCAUGAGCGAUACGGCAAGCAUCUCACCGCCGAGGAAGUAAAUGAGCUCGUGCAACCAUCGAAUGAGACCAUCGACCUUGUACGCGAGUGGCUACAUGAAAAUGGUAUUAGCGAGAUGGGCUAUAGCUCCGCCAAAGACUGGAUCAUUGUGCAUCUUCCCGUCGAGUUCGUGGAGCGUCUUUUGGACACCGAAUACCACAACUACAAGCACGAAGAUGGGCACAUUGUAGCACGUACUACUCAUUGGUCGCUUCCCCGCCACCUUCACUCUCACAUUGAUGCAAUUCAGCCCACGACUUCAUUCUUCCGCGCUGCACCCAACAAGGCCGACUUCAUUCAAGUGCCUCCCCAAGUCCCGGCGAGUUACAAGAAGCCAAGCAACGAAUCUAUAUCCAGCGUCUGCAAUGUCACUUCGGUGACUCCUGAAUGCUUUGCAACACUGUAUUCGACCAAGUGGUACAAACCCAAGGCCGCUGGAAAGAACAAGGUCGGAUUCACCAACUACCUCGGUGAGAUCCCAAUCCGGCCAGACACGGAGCUCUUCCUGAAGAAAUAUCGCCCUGAGGCUGUGUCGUCCGCGAAAUCGUUCAAGCAAUACUCUAUUGACAACGGACCCGUGCAAGAUGGUCUUCUGACGGCGAACCAAUCCGCGUCAGACAUCAGCCACGAAGCCAACCUCGAUGUCCAAGCGAUUUCGGGCAUCAGCUGGCCUACGCCCAUUGAUAGCUACUCCACCGGCGGCGAACCUCCAUUCAUCCCCGACCUGAGCACGCCUACAAAUACUAACGAGCCGUAUUUGGCGUGGGUCAACUGGCUUCUAGAGCAAAAGAACAUCCCGCAAGUGAUCAGUACAUCGUACGGCGAGCCAGAGCAAUCCGUCCCGAAAUCCUACGCCGAUCGCGUAUGCAAACAAUUUGCACAAGUCGGCGCGCGGGGUACUUCCCUCCUAUUCUCCAGCGGCGACCGUGGUGUCGGGGGAACUAACAAGUGCUUCACCAAUGACGGCAAGAACACGUACCAAUUUCUGGCCGACUUCCCGGCUGCAUGUCCGUUUGUCACCACUGUUGGUGCAACUAUGAACUUCGAGCCUGAGGAGGCUGUCUACAGACCCGCUAGGAACGAUUCUGCAGGCGUGUUUCAUGACUUGUAUGCCAGUGGCAGCGGAUUCAGCACGUAUUGGGAGAGGCCGAAAUACCAGGACAAGGUCGUCCCCGCGUACAUCAAGAGCCUGAACGGCCAGUAUGAUGGUUUGUACAAUAAAGCUGGCCGUGGUUACCCCGACGUCUCCGCCCAAGGCCUCUGGUUCGCCUAUUUCUGGAACGGCACCGAGGGCGUCAUCUCCGGUACCUCUGCCUCAGCACCCUUAACAUCCGGCAUCAUGGCGCUCGUCAACGACGCGUUAAUCGCGUCCGGGAAAUCCCCGCUCGGAUUCAUGAAUCCCUGGCUGUACUCAAAGGGAUACAAAGGUUUUACGGAUAUCACAAAGGGAUCUAGUCAUGGGUGUAAUACUGAUGGGUUCCCGACCAAGGAAGGCUGGGAUCCGAUCACUGGGUUUGGGACUCCGAAUUUCCCGGAGUUGGUGAAACUUGCGGGCGCGGAUUGCGAUUGGUAA